GGGUGUCCUUGACAUGCCACGUGACAUGACACUUCCUGCCAUGGGUCCUUCGCCGCCGAGCCCCCCUUUCCUCAUCCGCCGGCUGAGGUGACACGGCUCCCCUCUCAAGGUCAUCAGACCCAGUGCCAUCACUUAGGUGCAAGCCAUUCGCUAAAGUGCGGGAGAAGGUCUGUUGUUGUCCCCAGGGGAGCGACACCGGGUCUUCGCACCCGCCCGUUGCUGGGGAGGGGAUCUUCCUUUCCAUCUGCUCCAGGUGGAUGCUGGUGUUCCCGCCCCUCUGCACAUGUGCAGGUCGUAUCCUGGCCUCCGUCACGUUUGGUCACCAGUCAAGAUUUUUUCUUCCGAGUGUGAAUUGGUUGCCCACUUUUCCAAAUCGGAGAAUGCACAUCAAAACCCAGAUUUCCGCCUCGUCCAGUAGACUCCUGCGGGCAGUGACCCUGGGCCCCCAUCCCUGGCUGCUCAGGGGUGGGGGGGCACGUGCCAGCCCACUCACUCUUUACGCGUGCGUGUGAGCCCCGGGUCUCACUGGGGCAGGCCAGGGGCAUGCAGGGUUCACACACAGGGAAAGCCUCGGCACCGGUUUCAAAGCCAACUUUGUGACACUGAGCGACUGUGCGCCCUCUCUGGGCUCCAGGUGACACGUCUGUGACCUGGGGUCGUAACCGACGGCUUCCUGCGUGCGGCCGCGUGGGAAGUAGCUAGGCCCAUGCUAAAGGCCACACGCUCCUCAAUGCUCCGUUGUCUUGUGGCCCCCAGGACAGCAGUGUGUGGGCAGCGGGUGAGGUCGGAGGCCCCCUUAGCUGGGUCUGGGGGAGGUGGAGCAGGUGGGUCUGGACCCUCCCUCCCUCUGGUACCUGCCCCCCCAAGAACUGGGUUUAGGUCCCUAUGGGUGAUGCGCUGCAGGCCUGUGGCCAGCAGGGGGCGUAGGUGUUCCAGAAACCGGCAAGUUUACAGGCAUUUUCCCCAACCAGAGUGACUCUGGCUUGCCAAGCUUCAAGGCCACCUGUUCCGCCUGAGCCGCUGGAGCUGGCAGUGGGCUCCAGUCCUUGCCCAGUGGCAUAUUCGCUCCAGCCAAUGCUUCACGGCGAUCACCUCCCUGUGUCCCACCAACAGCGUAGAAACUAUUAUUAUUCCCAUUUUCUAGAUGAGGAAUCAGACACAGAGAGUUCCAAGAAUGGGUCUUUGGUCACCAGCUAGGAAGCAUCUUGCUGGGCAAUGGCUCCAAAGGCCACUGGCUGCACCGGAGACCUGAGGGCUGGAUUGUGGGGUGGGGACUGUGGGGGACACAGAAGUGCUGGGCAGGGAUUGCCGUGGGGCAAGGGAGGUCUUACAGAAGAUGGCCCAUAAGCUGGGGGUGUUGUUACUGUCUGCUGGUGAAAUGGGGAGAAAGGGGCGAGGCUCAGACCUGGAGGUCACUGGGAGGGGAGGUGGUUUGUUUGGACUGGGACAGGUGUGGGAAGGAGAGAAGGAACAGGGGAAUGUCAUCUCGAUAGGCCUCAGCGAGGACCUUGGACUUGACCCUGAGGGCCGCAGGACAACAGCCCAUAGCCGGGAAGGGAGUGCAUGACACCCCAGGCUCACGGAGUAGCCCUUCCUCCCCACUUGCCCCCAGGUCAGCUGCCAGCUGCGAGCUCCCCACCAGCCACAGCCAUGAGCAGCUGGAGAAAGGACCCCCUUGGCGGCGGCAGCUCAGAGCCCUUCACGGUCGUCAUCAUCGGCAAUGGUCCCUCAGGCAUCUGUCUGUCCUACCUGCUGUCGGGCUACACUCCCUACGUGAAACCGGACACCGAGCACCCACACCCACUCCUGCAGAGGAAGCUCGCCGAGGCCCCGGGGGUCUCCCUCCUGGACCAGGACCUGGAUUACCUGUCUGAAGGCCUUGAAGGCCGGAGCCAAAGCCCUGUGGCCCUGCUCUUUGAUGCCCUCCUGCGCCCAGACACAGACUUUGGGGGAAACAUGGAGUCCGUUCUCACCUGGAAGCACCAGAAGGAGCGAGCCAUCCCCCAUGUGGUCCUCGGCCGGAACCUGCCCGGGGGAGCCUGGCAUUCCAUUGAAGGCUCCAUGGUGACGCUUAGCCAAGGCCAGUGGAUGGGGCUCCCGGACCUGCCGGUGAAGGAGUGGAUGCGUAGGAGGCGAAGAGGUCUUCGCAACAGCCGGGCCACGGCCGGGGACAUCGCUCACUACUACAGGGACUACGUGACCAAGAAGGGCCUGGGCCACAACUUCGUGUCGGGUGCCGUAGUCACAGCCGUGGAGUGGGGGAUGCCUGAGUCCAGCGGCUCCGGGGUCCGGGAGCCCGGCCCCCUCUUCCAGGUGAGCGGCUUCCUGACCACCGAGGACCGGAGCCAGCAGCCUUUCUCCCUGUGCGCCCGCAACGUGGUGCUGGCCACAGGCUCGUCGGACAGCCCGGCCCGGCUGGGCAUCCCCGGGGAGGCCCUGCCCUUCGUCCACUACGAGCUCUCGGCCCUGGAGGCAGCCACGCGGGCGGGCACAGUGAGCCCAGCCUCGGACCCCGUCCUCAUCGUGGGCGCGGGGCUGUCGGCCGCUGACGCGGUCCUCUACGCCCGCCACUACAACAUCCCCGUGAUCCACGCCUUCCGCCGGGCCGUGGACGACCCCGGCCUGGUCUUCAACCAGCUGCCCAAGAUGCUGUACCCCGAGUACCACAAGGUGUACCAGAUGCUGCGGGAGCGGUCCGUCCUGUCGCCUGGACCCUACGAGGGCUACCGCAGCCUCCCUGAGCACCGGCUGGUGCUCCUCAAGGAGGACUGCCAGGCCGUGCUGCAGGACCCUGGGGGGCUCCAGAAGGUCUUCGGAGUUGCCCUGGUGCUGGUGCUCAUCGGCUCCCACCCCGACCUCUCCUUCCUCCCCGCGGGGGGCGCGAAUCUGGCCAUGGACCCUGACCAGCCCCUGAGCGCCAAAAGGAACCCCAUCGAUGUGGACCCUUUCACGUACCAGAGCACCCACCAGGAGGGCCUGUACGCUGUGGGGCCGCUGGCAGGGGACAAUUUUGUGCGUUUCGUGCAGGGUGGGGCCCUGGCUGUGGCCAACUCCCUGCUGAGGAAGGAGGCCAGGAAGCCACCCUAGCGCCUGGCCUGGCCUCCUUGUACCCAGGCCCUAACGAGGAAGGGAGGUUCCUACAGCCCCACUGGACACCCCAGCAAGGAACGGGGCCUCUCCUGGCAGGAGACAGGAGGGACCCUGAGCCCAGGCAGCAGCCUCUCGGAUGAAGACGAGCAGGGAACCCAGGCUGCCUGGACUGGGACUAGUGCCCAGAAUGGGAACAGAGGCCGCAGGCCAGGGUAGGCUGUGAUUUGGGGAGAAAGCUGCUGGUACGCCAGCUGAGCACUGAGCCAAGAGGACUCCAGGCCCUACUCCUUCCAGAAUCGGGUCCCAAUUAAACCCAGUACCUGCCUCCA